AUGUUUUCUACUCACAUUCUUCAACCGACAGAGACGAAGCCAAUUCGAAUCACUGCUGUAAAUGGGUAUGUCACCGGUCUCGCAGCCAGACGACUGAAUUUCUCAGUGGUCCCUCACGCGGUUGGCUUUGGUGGAUACAACAAUACCAUCACCACUUCAUUGGCAGCUAUCUUGUGCAAGGCGAAUCAAGAUUCUUUAGAUGCCCAGGUGGCAACAGGAACCAAAAUAUACCUUCACGUCGAGUGGAGGUACGACACCCCGUUCCCGAAGUUUAACACCACACACCUACUUGUUGUCGGAUCAUCACCAUCUUUCGCUUUACUGGAUGGGUCUGCCUCGGCAAUGAAUAUCGCCAACAUUGCGAAUUUUGCAGAAGCGCAGGAAACCACGCCGAUUCUCUCCUGUCCACAGUGGAACCCGGAAUGGGUUGUGGAACAAGCAACCCAACAGCCGCCUUUUAUGUCCACAACAAGAAACAUGAUUCCCGAAGUUUCUUGGGAUGCAUUUUGGCUGGACGGAAGCUCAAUGUCCUCUUCUUCUCUAGGAGCUUCCGUGACAUAUGCCGGCGCUUCAUUGCCAAUCCUUCCGGACGAUCAGCUUCCUGCCUGUUCGGAUUGGGCCUCGACAGCAAGCACAGUUUCAGAAGCCACUACUCCCAGCCCCUCCAUCGACGGUUCAUUUGGACAGUGCUCAUCCAGUCUUGCUCACAUCGAUGUCGAUGAUUACUGGAUGAACUCGAGAAUUGAACGCCAACUCCAGGAUCCUGCUUUCCAAAUGCAAAAGCGGCAGGCAAACGAGCUUUACAGCCAGAUAGGGGAUGUCAGUGGUCUGAUUGCUGUGAUGAGAGCUGCUAAUAAGCUCUGUCAGGGCAAUCACCCGCAUGAAGUCCCCGAACUCCCGGAUCUCAGUGAUUUUAACAGAUUGUCGAUUUCAGAUGGUCCAAUGACAUCAGAUACAACCUAG